AGAAGCUACUAUAUAGUCCUACAUAGCUGUGUGUAGACUUGGACAAGGACAGGUCUCAGGGCGGUGCUUACCUUAACAACAAUCUACAAACCCAAUCCAAUCCUACCCUAUACUAGAUUCUUACAAUCACCUAUUUUCAAUUAUCAAAUCAUUAUAAAACAACUUUCAAAACAAACAAUCAUGUCUCUCUCAUCACCGUGAGUAGCUGUUCAAGCUCACAAAUUUUCCCCAAUUAACAAUUUCAUAGCCAUAUGCUACAAAGCUUCAAACUUUAAAGUUCAGGGUAAAAGUAAAGCACGCUGAGAUAGAAGAAGAAGAGGAAAAAUUUAAUCUUGGGUUCUGGGUCGGUAGCUAUAAAAAAUGCUGAAGCUUGUUAGGGUUUAUCAGUGCAUCAUCAGCUUCUUGCUCGUGAUCUCCAUCUUUUUAUCCAUCUUUCCAGGCCGUUCUUGACAUCCUAGCAGUUCAGACUUUGAUUGCUGCCCUGAUAGAUAAAGAUGGCAGCUGAGUUUAUCAAUGCUGCAACAAGUGAGAAACUGACUGAAGUUGAUUGGAUAAAAAAUAUUGAAAUCUGUGAAUUAGUUGCUCAUGAUCCAAGUCCAAGGCAAGCUAGAGAUGUUGUCAAAGGUAUAAAAAAGAGACUGGGUAACAAAAACCCCGACACUCAACUUUAUGCUGUCAAGUUACUGGAAAUGUUGAUGAACAAUAUUGGAGAUCGUAUUCAUGAGCAGGUGAUUGAUACAGGAAUUAUUCCUAUACUUGUGAAAAUUGUGAAGAAAAAGUCUGAUUUGCCUGUGAGGGAGCGGAUAUUUCUCCUACUAGAUGCAACACAGACAUCCCUUGGUGGUGCUUCUGGAAAGUUUCCACAGUAUUAUAAUGCAUAUUAUGAAUUGGUGAGUGCUGGGGUGCAAUUUCCUCAAAGGGCUGAAGUUGUCCAAUCCAAUCGUCCUAGAUCACAACCUAAUAGGGCUAAUAAUGUACCAAACAGGGAGAAGCCCUCACUUAGACAUGAAGUGCUUGCUCAGCCAGAGUCCCAAACUGUUCCAGAAUCUAGCAUCAUUCAAAAAGCUAGUAAUGCAUUGGAAGUUCUAAAAGAAGUCCUUGAUGCUGUUGAUGCCCAAAAUCCUCAGGCAGGAAGAGAUGAGUUCACCCUCGAUCUUGUGGAACAAUGUUCAUUUCAGAAGCAGAGGGUAAUGCAUCUUGUGAUGGCUUCUCGAGAUGAGCGGAUUGUUUCCCGAGCAAUUGAAUUGAAUGAGCAGCUUCAGAAAGUUCUUGCUAGACAUGAUGAACUUCUCUUUGGCAGAGCUACAGCAACUGCUAAACACUUUGACCGUGAAGAAGCAAGGGAGGAGGAGGAGGAGGAAGCUGAACAGUUGUUCCGAAGAUUACGCAAAGGAAAGGCUUGUGCAAAGCCUCAAGAUGAAGAGACUAAACCUGAGUACCCUUCCUUGGGUUUGCUUGAAGAGCGACUCAACCGUCCUCUAAUCAGACCACUCGCUUCGGAGCCAUCUCGUGAAGCUAAUGCUCGUCCUGCGCCUGCUGUAGUUCCUCCUCCAAAUUCAAAUCACGGCAGGGAGCUUUCUCAUCUGGCGAUUCCUCCACCACCUACAAAGCACAUUGAGAGGGAGAGAUAUUUUCAGGAGAAUAAGAAGGAUGGUACAACUUUGGCUGGACACUUGAGAGGCCUCUCCUUGCAUAGUUAUAAUGGCAGCAGCUCUCACAGUGGAAGCUUUGAUUUUAGUGAUUGAUAGUAUAUCUUAACAGAAGGAUCUUAUUUAAACCUUUUUUUUCAUUCCCUUUGAGAAUUAAAGUCGAUGCUGAUGAAAUUUGUUUUUCUUUGAAUAUAAACCUUUUUUUUUCAUGCUAAUGUAAUAAGGAACUUUUCCUUUUUGACAUCAUUUGCGCCAUGACCUGAGGUUUUUUAGGUUCCAGGUGCUAGUGUGGUGAUGCUUUUUCUGUCUAAUAUAUACUCCUCUUGCAAUGA